UUGAGGUCACAAACCGAGCGGUGAACCAUCGACAAAGUAUUGGAUUUCCAUUUUUGAGCGUUUAAAACGUUGUUUACAAGAGAAGGAUCUAUUUGCGUCAUUUUGGUGCGACACUUAGCCAGAUUUAUAGGCAUACCUCGUCCUUAAAUACAAGGAUUUAUAUCAAAUAAUACAACAGUCAACUCUCUUGAAAACAUGAUUCAGUCAUCGGUGUUCCUCGCUACGGCGUAUCUGCCGGUGAUGUUCCUGAGUGCACUUUGUUCGGGAUCUCUGAUGUUCAACUCCAAUGCGAUAAAGAACCUUGCACCUGGACCGGGGACCCCGAUUCACGGUGCGGGACAAGACGCGAGCUCGAGUCCAGAUGAGUUCGGUUUAUUGGACGGAGGGCAUCACAACUUACUGAUUGAUCCCAUUCAGGCGUUGGCCUGCUCUGCGGAUGACGAGUGCGGGGAGCACGGCUUCUGCUACGCCUCGCGCGGAGCCUGUCUGCCGUGCAAGCGGCGCAGGAAGAGAUGUGCUCGCGACUCCAUGUGUUGCCAAGGAAACCAGUGCAGCAACGGUGUGUGUCUUCCCAUGGACUCGGACAUCGUGCAGCAGUUCACGGUAGAGGAGCCCAGCGCUUCCGUUAGCAGCACCGCUGGUAGCCACGGGGCUAAUAACCAUGGCCCUAGUAACCAUGGCCCUAAUAACCAUGGCCCCAGCCACGGGGCUAGUGGCCACAGCAUGAACAGCCAGGAGAACAGACCAGACGAGCAGAACUCCACCACACACUCAACCUCCACCAAGGACCCCCAUAGUCCCCCCCCCAGAGGCCUGGAGGGAGAACGGUGUCUGCGUUCCAGUGACUGCUCAGGGGGCCUGUGCUGCGCGCGACACUUCUGGUCCAAGAUCUGCAAACCCGUGCUCAGAGAAGGCCAGGUUUGUACGAAACACCGUAAGAAAGGCGCGCUUGGUUUGGAGAUCUUCCAGCGCUGCGACUGCGGGGCGGGGUUAGCCUGUCGGACGCAAAGAGGAGCUGAGGAGCAACGGAUGCACAAGGCGGCCAGGGCCCUCCAUACCUGCCAGCAGCACUGAGCAGAACCAAGACCCACAAGCCACACACACACACACACUCCUACAAGCCACAGAUACACACACACACACAUACACACACAGACACACACACCCACCCACGAGCCAAAGAUACAUAAACACACACGCACAACCACGAGCCACAGAUGGGCGCGCACAAACACACACACACACACACACACACACACGCACACACGCACACACACACACCUGAUAGUGACAAAAACACAUGCCUGCCGGACAUCCAAGAGACACAGUACACACAUGUGGACAGUACACACAAGUUGGAAUCGCACACAAACAUGCACUAAAGGGAGGCAGAAAAAUACACACACACACAUGAAUGAUAGACUCUAAAUAAUUGUUAUUCCUUACUGAAGUAUGCAUAGUGGCACGAUACUACCUAAUAUUUAAUGACAUUAUUUGUAAUAGUAUACAAUACACAAUAAAAGAGACUUUAUUUUUUCAUUACAUUUUUGAUUCUCUACUUAGUGUUCUAAUUAGUUCUCUCCAAACCCUGGGCUGAAGGCAUAUUGCUAGCAAUCAGCUUAAUGUUUUGAGGAGACAUUGGAGACAUUUGGUCUAUAUUCAACCACUAUCGCUCUCCUUGGUUUAGAAAACACCCGUCUGUGGUGUUUUGUUUCAGCCAUCUUCUGUCCCUGCAAGUUGACAUUGGCAGAUUCAUUAAUUUGGGGAUGUAUCAUUGCUUAAGGUGUCAUAAGCUUACUAUGGAGUAGAAUAGGAUUGUUUCUCUGUGAAACUAAAUUAAAUAAAGGUAUACUACAGUAAAUUACUGUACUGUAAAUAAUAGCCAGAACUCGGUUGAGUUUGGGCAAAUUGUAAUGUAAGUUUUUAUUUCACUGUCCUGUUGAAGUUUAAACAAUAACUACAAAAGAUCACUUAUAAUAUAGAACAAUUACAAUCAGCUAUGAUCCAAAUGUCAAGCCUUUUCAUGACAAAAUGAGAAAGUAUUUAUGAAAUCUUCCAUUUAAAUCCAGAUCUUUUUUUACAAUGUUAAUAACAAUUUUUUCAAUAGGUGCUUCUAAUUCCAUGUUAGAAGAUUGUACGUAUUUGGUGUAUAGUUUGUUGCAAAUGUAAAUUUUGUGUAUUUUUUCUAUUGGAAAUAAACGAUAGU